CAAAGACUACUCAUUUUUUAGCACCAACUAUUUCUGAUAUCUGGUAUAAAUUUGCGACUUAAAUUGUGUAUUAACUUAUACAGUAGCUAACGAAGGAUUAAUGUGACAAAUUUGACAGUUUUAAAUCAGCAAGUCUCUAUGUGUGUUUAGCUCACUCUGGAGUACGCAUGACUGGGAAGGACACGUUUCCAGUUACACAAUAUGGUUUUGGUUUUUUAAACAAAUACAAAUGUAGCUAGCUAGCUAGAUUAUUGGCUCUUAGAUGAUGUUUUUGGUGAGCAAACUUCGCUUUACCGGUGGUGUAAACCAAAUCAUCCCAACAAACCUUUGCACAAUAUGAACAAAGUGUACAGGAAGCGGCUUAGACAGCCGUGAGGUAAAUACGAGGUUAGCUCAGCGGCUAACCAAGUAAAACAACCGCAUUCUUUAGCACGAUUGACAAAAAUAACGCCUACCUGUCGUUAGACCUCAACAUAUUUCUUUGGAAUUCAAAAGAUGAGUAGCAACGGGAAUAAGAGAGCACCAACAACAGCAACCCAGCGACUAAAACAAGACUACCUCAGAAUAAAGAAAGACCCUGUGCCUUACAUCUGUGCUGAGCCACUUCCCUCUAAUAUUUUAGAAUGGCACUAUGUGGUUCGGGGACCAGAGAAAACAGCAUAUGAAGGGGGUUAUUAUCAUGGAAAGUUGCUAUUUCCACGUGAAUUUCCUUUCAAACCACCUAGUAUUUACAUGAUAACCCCAAAUGGGAGAUUCAAGUGCAACACAAGGUUAUGCCUUUCCAUUACUGACUUCCACCCAGACACGUGGAACCCUGCUUGGUCUGUUUCCACCAUCCUGACGGGGCUGCUGAGUUUUAUGGUUGAGAAAGGUCCCACACUUGGAAGCAUUGAGACAUCCGAUUACACUAAAAGACAGCUGUCUGCACAAAGUCUGGCUUUCAACUUGAAGGACAAAACCUUUUGUGAGCUGUUUCCAUAUGUUGUUGAUGAGAUCAAGCAGAAACUAAGGACUCAAGAAGAACUUAGUUCACGACCACAGGCCCUCCCUCUCCCAGAUGUCGUGCCAGACGGGGACCAAGGCCACUACGGACUGCCAGCCCUGAACGGGCACGCGCCUGUGGGGAUAGCGGCAGCUCGUCAACCCCGUGCCCUCCAGCAGGCUAACCGCAACCAUGGACUCCUCGGUGGAGCGCUGGCAAACUUGUUUGUAAUCGUUGGCUUCGCUGCCUUUGCUUACACAGUAAAGUAUGUUCUCCGGAGCAUAGCCCAGGAAUGAGGAAGGACCUACUGGGGCAGGGACUACGUGAGUGCGUGUCAGGCCACCGGUGUGAGCUCCCAUACCGGCCAGUAAAAACUGCAAGAACUGACAAACCGGAUCCACCUUUCUAAGAAGCAGAGGAAUAUGAGAGUUCUGAUGCCCAACAGUGAUGCAAUGGAAGAUGUCUCGCAAGUUUUGUCUGAACAUAGUUCACCAUGUUUGGCAGACUUCAGAGCAUUCUACACAUUAAUUAAAACAAAAAAAAAACAACCCAUUGACACAGUGUGCUCUCAUGGCCAAUUACCUGAGGCAAUGUUCUCUCUUCAGUCAUGUUGCAAAAGAAAAGACCAGAGUUUGGCAAUUUUUAUCAUGCUUUGAUAACCCUAUGCCAAUUUGAACUGGGAAAUUAUCCGUUCCCACCAGACUUCCAUUUACUUUAUGGUGUUUCUUAUUUGUCUGUCUCCAUAUAUCUACGUUGCCUUCCAGUUUUUACGUAAUGGUUAAUUACCAAAAUUAAAUAUGCUUUUGUGGCAGAUUUCAUUGUAUACACCAAAUAUCUCCUGCUGUGUGAUUUGCUCGGGGGUGAAGUGUUUAAAGUGAAACUGUUUUUAAUACAACAGUGAAAAUCCCUUUUUCUUAUUUAUUUUUAAAGGCAGCCAUUAUCAGUUAUAUUAUGGCUAUUUGAUUAGAAUUUCUCCAGUGUAACAUUUUCAAAAUAGAUGUGGGAGGUGAAUAUUUCUACUAAUAAAUGGCUUAAAAUACAGA